AUGCGCGAAAUCGUACAUCUUCAGGCCGGACAGUGCGGAAACCAGAUCGGCGCCAAGGUAUGGUGUACCUCGAUCAUAAAUAUGUGUGAUUUUUGGUUCGAAACACUCAUAUUUCGCAAUCUUCGUCUUUCAGUUCUGGGAAGUAAUCUCCGACGAACAUGGCAUCGAUCCAACUGGAACAUACCACGGUGAUUCCGACCUUCAGUUGGAAAGAAUCAACGUGUACUACAAUGAAGCUACAGGUAUUGCUUCUUGCGCUUUAAAACACUUUAUUUCGCGUGUUCUUGUUGCAUUUCGUGCAUUCUCUUCGAUCUGAAAGUUGCUUCAAGCCACCAUUACCGAAAGCUCAUUGUUGUCGACUCGACAAAUUUUUCAGGUGGAAAAUAUGUACCAAGAGCAGUUCUUGUCGAUUUGGAACCCGGUACGAUGGACUCCGUCCGAUCCGGACCAUUUGGACAGAUCUUUAGGCCCGACAACUUCGUUUUCGGUAAGUACGACGUGUCAAAAUUUUAAAAUCAAAAUUAUUAUGUUGAAACGUCCGGCAACACCCCAACUAUCGCCCUGAUGAGUUGACGCAUGUGCCGCCUCUUUUCACUCUAGGUCAGAGUGGUGCUGGAAACAACUGGGCGAAAGGACAUUACACUGAAGGAGCUGAAUUGGUAGAUUCUGUGCUUGAUGUAGUUCGUAAAGAAGCAGAGAGCUGCGAUUGCCUUCAAGGCUUUCAGCUAACGCACUCUCUUGGCGGUGGAACCGGCUCUGGUAUGGGAACGCUUCUUAUUUCGAAGAUCAGAGAAGAAUAUCCCGACAGAAUCAUGAACACAUUCAGCGUUGUACCGUCACCAAAAGUAUCGGACACCGUUGUAGAGCCUUACAACGCUACACUGUCGGUCCAUCAGUUGGUCGAAAACACUGAUGAAACAUACUGCAUCGACAAUGAAGCUCUGUACGAUAUCUGCUUUAGAACCCUGAAGCUCACUACACCAACUUAUGGCGACUUGAACCAUCUCGUGUCAGCUACGAUGAGCGGUGUUACAACUUGUCUUCGUUUCCCUGGACAGGUAACUUUGAUUUCGAGAAUUUUAGGGGAGAACAAAAGAUGAUAUUUGCAACAGUCAUGAGGGACAAACGUGUUGGUGACUAACGGUUAAGAAUAAUGGCGCGCAAAAUACGUUGUCAAUCAUCGGAGGCCUCUUGCGCGUGUAUGAUUGUAACUGUGGUAUUUCAUGAUCAAGCUUAAAAAAAUUGAUUUCGGUGUUUUUGGAAAGUUUCUGCCUUCAAUAGUGUGACUCAAGAAAAUUAUCUUUGCUUGGGGGGGAGGAUAUAAAAAUAUAUUUGAAUUUCCCUUGCCACAGAAAAUGGGUUGUCGCUGGCAAAGCUUUGAUUGAUGAAGGAGAACCAUCUAAAUUAAGUGCCGUAGUUAAUAAUUAUACACUUCUCCUCUAAGUGGAAGGCGAUUUUCUAUCAAACACCCUUGAAACUAUUGCUAGGGAGAAUUUGGGGUUUUUUUUUCCGAUUCUGGCGACGCAAGAAAAAAAUUAAAAUACGUCAGCUCGCUUUUAUCAAUCCUUGAGUUAAUUUUUUUUAAUAGACAGUCUACGUUAGCACGAAAAGAAGGUGAAUUUUUUUCGCGUUGUCGCCUUUCGUUGAGCUCGGAGGUAUAGAUUAGCAGUUGUGAGGCGUUAACCUUUAUUGGGUGAAAUGAAUUGAAAGAGAAAGCAACACUUCAUCUUAUGGAGAUUGCUUUCAAUUAUUAAUACGUGUGACCAGCUAGCUUUAAAUGUAAAUUCGCGUCUUCCACAAUGUUGAUCGAAGAUCGGAAGUAGACGAUGCGUGAAAUUUACAUUUCGGCAACUUCAAUACGAGGGAGCUUUGUUUAACUGAAAAACAGUUGGUUUUCUCGACAAGAAUUUCUGAAAAGCAUAAUCUAUUUUAUCAAAUCACUCGUAGAAGAAGGGCGGUUGCGAAUUCUCAAACCCCCGCCGUGAUCAUAACGAAUCAAAAUUAUGCAGUGAGCUGUAAACAUUCCAUUUGUUAACAUGACAACGGAUUUUUCUGCAGACACAAUUAACACGUCCCAAUUUUUUUGUUGCCACAAUAAUGAAAAAUAGUUCUUGCUUGCAGUUCCUUACUUAUCUUUGUUGUUUGAGAGUUAUUAAAAUUUUUUCCCAUGUCGGUUUUCUCAGAUUAUCUUCGGUUUUUUUAAGCAACAAGCCCUUUAACUUGAAGAACAGUGGUAUUAAAUCAGCAGGAUGGAUAGAAAGAUAAACUAAUUUUCUAUUUUCAUUACUGUUAACAUCACUUUAUCCAUAAACAACCAUGUGAAACUCAACGGGGCAUCAGUUAAAUGCACUAAUCUCUUGAAAUUGAUUUAAAGAUCUAAUGGAAUUAAAAGCCAAAACACAGCAAUGUGAAAAUUUCCCAUAACACUGCAAUUACUGUGUUUUUUCUCAGCCGUUACAUUAUCAUACUGACAUAAAAAGCUCUUUUCAAUGUUUACUUUCUAUGAAACUUUAAAGUUAUAUAAUGUCCUUGAUUGUACACUUUGUUUGGAGUUGUGUGUGUGUAUACCUCUCUAAGAAUCACCUGUAGGCAGUGGACUAGUUUGAUGAAGACAAAUUCUAUAUGGCAACAUCUUAUUAGACUUAAACUCCAUCUUUGUUCUUUCUUACAGCUGAAUGCUGACCUCAGGAAACUUGCUGUAAACAUGGUUCCUUUCCCUCGUCUUCACUUUUUCAUGCCUGGAUUUGCCCCCCUCACCAGCAGAGGAUCCCAGCAGUAUCGUGCACUAACAGUACCAGAACUUACCCAGCAGAUGUUUGAUGCCAAGAACAUGAUGGCUGCAUGUGAUCCAAGGCAUGGUCGUUAUCUGACUGUUGCAGCCAUGUUCCGUGGUCGUAUGUCCAUGAAGGAAGUAGAUGAACAGAUGUUGAACGUNCUGACAUAAAAAGCUCUUUUCAAUGUUUACUUUCUAUGAAACUUUAAAGUUAUAUAAUGUCCUUGAUUGUACACUUUGUUUGGAGUUGUGUGUGUGUAUACCUCUCUAAGAAUCACCUGUAGGCAGUGGACUAGUUUGAUGAAGACAAAUUCUAUAUGGCAACAUCUUAUUAGACUUAAACUCCAUCUUUGUUCUUUCUUACAGCUGAAUGCUGACCUCAGGAAACUUGCUGUAAACAUGGUUCCUUUCCCUCGUCUUCACUUUUUCAUGCCUGGAUUUGCCCCCCUCACCAGCAGAGGAUCCCAGCAGUAUCGUGCACUAACAGUACCAGAACUUACCCAGCAGAUGUUUGAUGCCAAGAACAUGAUGGCUGCAUGUGAUCCAAGGCAUGGUCGUUAUCUGACUGUUGCAGCCAUGUUCCGUGGUCGUAUGUCCAUGAAGGAAGUAGAUGAACAGAUGUUGAACGUUCAGAACAAGAACAGCUCCUACUUCGUUGAGUGGAUCCCCAACAACGUGAAGACAGCUGUUUGUGACAUCCCACCCCGUGGUCUGAAGAUGUCCUCCACCUUCGUUGGCAACAGCACUGCCAUCCAGGAACUAUUCAAGCGUAUCAGUGAGCAGUUCACUGCUAUGUUCAGGCGUAAGGCUUUCUUGCAUUGGUACACUGGUGAAGGCAUGGAUGAAAUGGAAUUCACUGAGGUGAGCACCUUUUCCUUAAUAUGAAACCAUCAAGAAACUGUUGUGAUUAGCUAAGAAAAACUUUCCUUUUUGAACAGUAUAUUUUUUUGCUUUUGACAAAGAUAAGCUGAUGUGACUAUAAAUUACUUUAAACUGAUUGUUUUUUUAUACCUCUGUUUGCAGGCUGAAUCCAACAUGAACGAUCUUGUGUCUGAGUACCAACAAUACCAGGAUGCAACAGCUGAAGAGGAAGGAGAGUUUGAUGAGGAAGAAGAAGAGGAGGGCGAAGUCGCAUAAAGUCUAGAUCUUCAAGUCUCUUGAAACAAAAUAAUAAAUUGCAGGAUAACUGAUAAUGAAGUUUCUUGAUUCACUCCAAACUGUGUAAUAAUAAAUUCAGUAGAUACUAAAACUUGAGUAAGUAAGUAAACAGUUACUUUUUUUCUUGAAAAGAAAAGGAAAAUCCUGUGAUAGAAACAAUCUGACAGUCUGCCCUUUUUACCAUGGAAUGAUAUUAAAAUUUAUCAGUAAUAAAGACAGAUUCCUGCAAGAAUAAAUGUGUCUGAACUUGUCAAAAUGGUGUCUAGUUUACUUACCUCCCCCACUGUAUCUCGAAAGGAUUCUUGUACAGAUAGACAGCCAUGCCUUUGCAAGCAAUAAGUCUUUUGCUUCCAUACUUAACAGUGUUAUAUUAUAAUUUUAGAUACCCUUGUUAUUUGGCUAAUCUGAUAUUGAUCAGCGGAGAAAAAGGUGUUUUCAGAUCAACUGAUCAGUGUGCCCUAGUAUUCCAACCGUCCCCAUCCACUAAGAUAGUCGUGUAACAAGUUUUUGAUCAUUUAUAUGAAAAGACAGAGGCUAGGAUGGAGACCCCAGACUUGUUGGACACAUGACGUAUAUUAUGCAAUGCAAUAAACUCAGAAGAGAACCGUUCGACUUGAACAUGUGAAAAUCAUUGAGAGCCAAUGUGCUCCAUUGGGGUAGAGUCUAGAUUUUAUAGAUCUUUAUAUUGUGCAAAGGAAAGGGUCGAUUCCAAGCUCUAGAACCGAAGUACGGUGCUUAGUUCGGUCAUCAAUGGCGAAGCAAUGUAUGGGCGAUGUGCCAACCUUAUUCCCAGGGUCCUCCCGUUUGCACACUCUACGGUUGCUUAGGUGCCAGAAAUGACGGCCAUUGGUCUGGAUACAACAGCCCAAACUCUUCUUAUUAGUACUUGUGCUCGAGUCGCCAGGUAGGACCGGACUGAAGCCCAUACAUGCUGGUGUGAAUUUCCGACGAAACUACCACCUUUGAGAUUAAAGCGACGAUCCCUUUGCGAUUUCAACCAAGUUUGAUAACGUUACUCGGGGAAACCUGUCAAAAAGUGUGCCACGCGUUUAGAGUUUUUGUUUUGCUCAUUUUCUCGUUCCCGUCGUCGUUAUGGUUGCGCUGAGCUCGUUAGUAGCGUUACCACACGCGCAACGAUUUCGCCUGAAAAACUGACGUUUUGUGGGAAAACGACGUUAGCAGACACUCAUUCAGAGGCUCAACCUACUGUAUGAAACACAUUUGUCAGUGAUUUGUCUGAGCCCCACCGGUGUCGACUGAGUAAAAACUUUACAAGCGCAGCCAUUGUCUAAUGCUCUCACGGUCCGAAGGCAAUUGUGACACUUGUAAAAGUUUUAUUAAAAGGACUCCUAAAUAAGAUAAGACAGCAGUUAUCGUCGUUAACUCUCAGGCGUGUCAUAUUUGCAGUCAACGGACUGUUGGGUGCCCCCUUCGCGAGUUUCAUUCAAAAACGAGCUAGUUAUUCCACCUUUACUUACAUACCUAAAACAGGGGCACCCAAUGAGAAUAUAGUUCAAAACCACUUAAACAUAGCAUUGUUAAAACGUAUUUUAGUAUUUAAACGGUAGAUAAAGGCAUAUUUUUAUCCCCUAAAAAUUUUUCAUCUGUUCGGAUUUCCUAGCUGAAAGUCUCGAGAUCCGAAAAUCAUAGGGAUCAAAACUUACCUUUUCGAAAAUUUCAGUUAGAAAAAAGGCUCCCGAAAAUUCUAUGUGAGCUUUUUAGGGUAAAAAUCCAUUAAAAAAUGGGCAAUUACAAUUUUUAGAUGUUCGAAAAUCCUAGGAGAGGUAGGCAAGCAAGAGAUUUUACAAAAAAUGUUCCGAAAAUUCUAGAUCUCAAAUCGUCUUCCGAACAGAUAUUUUCCGAAAAUUGACGUUGGGUGCCCCUGCUAAAAGUGUGUUCCCGUGUUAGCUAAAGUUGGUGUCUGAAGAAACUGGUAUUGCGGCUUGCAAGACAAAAAUUUGGCUGAACAAAUUUUUGGCUUGGCGUUUCAUCUGGCUACCGAAGUUGAUGAAAGUAAAUUUGGCCACCCGCGUAAACCGAGAUUCGAAAGCUUCCAGCGCAAGGCCCGAGAUCGCAGCGAUUCACAGAAGCUGUUCACUCUCUUUAAGGGCUAACACUCGAAACGUUGGUUUUUGAAAAUUUCUUGACCGCUGCCGAUUUCAACUCAGUUGAUAGAACAAAUCUCCCUAAAAAUUCAAGGUCACCGUUACUCGCUACGUGCAGGAUAGUAAUUCGGCGAGUCAUCAGAAGACUCAAGAGGGCCAAUGCAGUCAAUUACAAACAUUAUUACUUGCAUUACCGUUCUCUUGCUCAUAUUUCAGGGGCACCCAACGUCAAUUUUCGGAAAAAAAUCUGUUUGGAAGACGAUUUGAGAUCUAGAAUUUUCGGAACAUUUGUUGUAAAAUUUCUUGCUUGCCUGCCUCUCCUAGGAUUUUCGGACAUCUAAAAAAUGAUGUAAUUGCCCAUUUUAACGGAUUUUUACCCUAAAAAGGUCACCUGGGAUUUUCGGGAGCCUUUUUUCUGGCUGAAAUUUUCGAAAAGGUAAGUUUUGAUCCCUAUAAUUUUCGGAUCACUUGCCUUUGAGCUAGAAAUCCGAACAGAUGAAAAAUUUUUAGGGGAUAUGAAUAUCCCUAUAUCUACCGUUUAAAGAGUAAAAUACGUUCCACAAUGCUAUGUUUAAGCGGUUUUGAACUAUAUUCUCGAUGGGUGCCCCUGAUAUUUAUCAACGCUUCUUAUUUUUUACGUGUCAAUACUAGUUUGAGUUAGUGCUCAAUAUCAAGAACAGAUGUCAGCUAGUUAAUAAUUCUUCUAAUGAAAAAUAAAUGAGCAGAUAAAAACUGUCCAGAGAAAUUCAGUCGAAGUCAUAGGAAACCGGCAUGAAACCAUUUAUUUUUGCGUGGAUAUUUAAGGAACAAAAUAUACACGGCAAGUAAAGAGAUCACGUGGUACAGACUGACGUUAGCCGUACUCUCUCUUCGUUUUCUCCGAAUAUCCCACUUCCCUAAAUACUUAGUUCAUAUUCCACUGAUGCACUAUAAGAAUAGUAGGUGAAAGGAUAAAAAGCUGUAAAUAAAAAGCAUAUAUUAUAUCUAUUAUCGCGAUGCAAAAAAAUAGCCCGCGCCUUUUUCGCAAUUUUUUUUCGAUCCAUUCUCCCCACUAUCUUGGAGCCUGGAACAGGAUAUGCAAAUUUUAGGCGUUUUGAGAAGUCUCCGGAACAAAAGGCUAUGAUUGGUUACUGAUCUGACGUCGUCUUGGUUACACUAAUACGUCACAAUGAGUUGACGCGAGUAAAAAUCAAAACGAAAGUUGUUCAGUUGAAGUUGCUGCGGGAGACUUUUUCUAAAUUUUUGCCAAGUAAAAGUAGAAAAAUGCGUGAAAUUGUUCAUCUUCAAGCUGGCCAAUGCGGCAACCAAAUUGGGGCCAAGGUAAGAGGCAAUCAGUUAAGUUCAAUUUAGGAUCUCACGAAGUAUUAAGCGUAUUUUCAUUCAUUUCAGUUCUGGGAAGUUAUCUCGGACGAGCAUGGCAUCGAUCCGACUGGCACAUAUCACGGAGAUUCCGACCUUCAGCUGGAAAGAAUAAACGUCUAUUACAAUGAAGCUACCGGUAAAUUGUCUUUCUCUUUGUACAGGUUAAAUCUGCCUUCCUAUUGUACGUCUCAAAGAAAUCUUUUUCCCUGCGCAUUUUCUUGUUUUUCUCUAACUUUCAGGCGGCAAAUACGUUCCAAGAGCGGUUCUUGUCGAUCUUGAGCCCGGGACAAUGGAUUCUGUUCGCUCGGGGCCAUUUGGACAAAUUUUCCGACCCGACAAUUUUGUUUUUGGUAAGUGAUAGUGCGGUCUCUUCACUUAAUUAUUUGACGCGGGGAGUGUUAAGUAUGAAAAAUUUAUUAGCUCAGAAAACCAUUUUUGCUCUCCAUUUUGCCGCAGCACCAGUAUUUGCGGUCAUAUAAAGUUACAGUUGCUUUUGCCCAUCCAGUACGUAAACAUUUCAACAAAACAUAAGCUCAUUGCAAAGACGCCAUACGGUCAAGAGAAAAUGACUUAACUGAUUUGAAGUCUUUUGUCAAAGCGCUUUUCCUCAUAUUAUACUGACAUCAUCCAAAAUAUCUUUCAAACUUCUAUGGGAAAAGGUGGCGGGAAAUUGCCGCUUACCAUUAUUUGUUAUGAUGCCACAGACAUAUCUUUGACAGGUAUUCCCACCGCAAUCAAAUAUCCCUGACUCCUUCCACUUUUUUCAUCUUUAUCAGUAGCUCUUUUUACAGAAGGUCUUGGGUUCUUUCAGAAAAACCAUAGAAACUACCAGCCAUACAGUAGACACUGAGUCGGCUGUUAAUUUACUAUACCAGCAUUGUUCUAUGUUAAGAAUAUAGGUGCGGUCUCUUUCAUAAUAAACUUGUUGUUAUCUUAAAAAAUGAUUCCCCGACUGCGAGCAAGCACGCUCCUCUAAAUGUUUUCCUCUUUAAAUGAUUUUUGUUUUCCUUUUUUAUUUUUUCUGCUUCUCCUAGAAGUGACUUGUGUAAGAUUCUGAGUUUAACUUGAAACAGGGGCUCACAAUGCGACAUCUCUGUUCGUCACUUACAUUUCCUAUAAAAUCAGUAGUUUCUUAUAUGUGGAAAUAUCCUCCGAGUUGAAAGCAUAACUGAUCAAUAAAGAAUAAACCUGAACCCCGAAUGUACCAUUUCUUGAUUUGAAAGCUGUGUCGAAAAAAAAAUCCUUGAAGAAAGCAGGUCGAGUCUUUUCUUAAGAAAAACAUCUUUUUGACAACCCUCAAAGACACUUCUGCUAUUACAACCUUUGGAACUAGUAGACCUAGUAGUAGGAACGUCGCGAAAACAAGGUCAAGGAAUAGGACGCGCGGGAUCUGGUAAGGGGCGGCGCCUUCUUUCUCACCAGUCUCCACACGUUUUUCGUAUCAGUUUUAACGAUCUUUGCACAUUACUACCAUGAAGCCUGGAACAGUCUAAGCACACUACAGCCGCUGAUUCAAACUAUGCAGCCAACAAGUGUGAAAAAUGUUCACAAAAACAAAAACUAAGGCCUAUUUGUUUUUUCUGUAACAUUAAUGAUAUGGAGGAGAUUUCAUAUAUUCAUCAGGUCAGAGUGGUGCCGGAAACAACUGGGCGAAAGGACAUUACACUGAAGGAGCUGAAUUGGUAGAUUCUGUGCUUGAUGUAGUUCGUAAAGAAGCAGAGAGCUGCGAUUGCCUUCAAGGCUUUCAGCUCACGCACUCUCUUGGCGGUGGAACCGGCUCUGGAAUGGGAACGCUUCUUAUUUCGAAGAUCAGAGAAGAAUAUCCCGACAGAAUCAUGAACACAUUCAGUGUUGUGCCAUCACCAAAAGUAUCGGACACCGUUGUAGAGCCUUACAACGCUACACUGUCGGUCCAUCAGUUGGUCGAAAACACUGAUGAAACAUAUUGCAUUGACAAUGAAGCUCUGUACGAUAUCUGCUUCAGAACCCUGAAGCUCACCACACCAACUUAUGGCGACUUGAACCAUCUCGUGUCAGCGACGAUGAGCGGUGUUACAACUUGCCUUCGUUUCCCUGGACAGGUAAUAAAAUAUUAUUUUACAACUAUGAUAAAGAAUUAAACCAAACAAAUAACAUGGACCAAUGGGUUCCUAUGGUGAACGCAGUGCAUCCUAUUUAAGGUGAUUCUCUAGAAAAAGAACCUAACAUAGAUUGUAGACGAAACUUGGUACACUGAUGUAACAAGUCAAGAAGAUGAUAAAAAGGUAAUAAAAAGUGGAGGUCACCGUGCUCGUUUUGACGUCACAAUGCUGACAAAUACGGCUAUUUUGGGCCCUUUGACAAAAACCGCCCGCAGCCCAAAACUAGACAAAAAGGAAAGAUUUUUUCAAUUAUGCAUGUGGUAUCGCACAGAAUUUGACUUUAAUGUAUUGUUUAUCCACUUACGUACCAGAAAAAUGCCUUUUAAUGCCCUUGUUUUUACUUUACGCUCCAAAGUAGAAUUAAAUUGGACACGCGCUAUUCGACACGUGAUAGCUCAAUCCGUACAAUUUAGUAAAAUUGCCGAAAAACUGAACAUAGAUUUGUGCCAAUUUUUUUCUCACUGAAAGGAAACACUGUCCUUAUUAAAAUCAUGAAAUAAAAAAUGGGGGUCACCGUACUCGUUUUUGCGGUAGAGCUGCAGAAAGUGCGCACCAAAUGCAUUUUCCUUGAUUUUUGAGAGAGGACUGGGGCGAGUUUCAAAAUAGCAUGUAUGCGAAAGGGGAAGAAAGUAUUCAAAAGUCCGUUUUUACAGAAUUUACAUCGAGAUAUCACAUUUAGGACACAAUGUGAUAAAGAAAGCGUUUAAAUGAAAAUCAAAGUGAAUAAGCACAAAUUAAACAUCCACUAUCGAGGUUCUCCUUGGGGAAGUCGUACUCAGCAACACGCGUACUGCUUACGUUUUGCACAUUCCCACCACAUUGAGUCUCACCUCGGCAAGAAACAACCGCAAGCAAAAAUUCCAAUAGCGUUUCUCUUCGAUCAACUUCAUUUUAAUAAUGUUACUUCACAUGCUAUUUUUUACGGAGGCCAUCUUGUUAUGCGCAGUAAGAGAUGCGCAGUGCAAAACCAGGGAAUCACCUUAAACGGGAAAAGCAAAUGAACGCUUAUUUCCCUCCUGCAAGGUUGUCAUUAACGCCUAAAUACCUCUUUUGUUUAGCUGAACGCUGACCUCAGGAAACUAGCCGUGAACAUGGUUCCUUUCCCUCGUCUUCACUUUUUCAUGCCUGGAUUUGCCCCCCUCACCAGCAGAGGAUCCCAGCAGUAUCGUGCACUAACAGUACCAGAACUAACCCAGCAGAUGUUUGAUGCCAAGAACAUGAUGGCUGCAUGUGAUCCAAGGCAUGGUCGUUAUCUAACUGUUGCAGCCAUGUUCCGUGGUCGUAUGUCCAUGAAGGAAGUAGAUGAACAGAUGUUGAACGUUCAGAACAAGAACAGUUCCUACUUCGUUGAGUGGAUCCCCAACAACGUGAAGACAGCUGUAUGUGACAUCCCACCCCGUGGUCUGAAGAUGUCUGCUACCUUCGUUGGCAACAGCACUGCCAUCCAAGAGCUGUUCAAGCGCAUCAGUGAGCAGUUCACUGCUAUGUUCAGGCGUAAGGCUUUCUUGCAUUGGUACACUGGUGAAGGCAUGGAUGAAAUGGAAUUCACUGAGGUAAGGACUGUUGAUGCUAUGCACCUUUUCAGUAUAGUUCUCACCACUGUCGAAUUAAUUGUAAUUGCUACUUGGGUAACUGUAGGACUAAGGACUGAUUCAUGCGAUAUUCCAACUGCAGAGCUUCACUUGCUAUUACGUAGGUUAGACUAUACUUACCUUAGGCAGGUCCCCAAAAAGGUAUAUUCAUAAAUGUAUUUUAUCCCUGUGCUCGCAGUCUUCGUUAAGAUAGUGCUUCCCUAAUAGCGAUUUUCGUAUGACCUUGAAAUGAAAAAGCGCGAACAAAACAGGAACAACAAACGAACGGAAAUAAGGCGAUUUGAUUGGUUUAUCAAACGGAUACAAACGCGCGUGGCUGUUGGUUGGUUAAGGGUCCGUUCUCUUCUUCGAGCCGUCCGUUCUAACUAAACGCCUGAAACAGGAUAGUUUGUUUAAGGAAGGUUAUCUAAAGGAGAAGUUCAUUUUAGAAAUUACUAAAGCUGCUAAAUAAUUAAUUCUUUACACAGGCUGAAUCUAAUAUGAAUGAUCUUGUGUCUGAGUACCAACAAUACCAGGAUGCUACAGCUGAGGAGGAAGGAGAGUUUGAUGAGGAAGAAGAAGAAGGAGAAGCUGCCUAA